UAUAGCCGCGCCUUGAUAAUGCAUUCAAACAAAUUAAACUUGCUGAAGCAACUGCAACUGCAAAAGCUAUAUAUAUAAUAAUAUAAUUGCGCUUGUGAAGUGUUCUUACCAUAACCUUCAAAUAAACGCGAACAAGCUAAUCCACAACAAUGAACUAUUGAACUAUCUAUAAAAGGGUUUUCAUUGAGUGGAACGGGCGUGAGCUCUUACAUUCAGAUUUCAGAUUACUUAUAUCUUUAUGUUUUUAUUGCAUAAGUGCAACAGAGAGGAAUUGAUAAACACUCUAUAACCCAUGAAAACAACGCGAAAUAAGUGAGUAGUAUGAGUCAUACAUGAUGCAAAGCGCGCGAAAGAUAUGGAAACGCCGGAAAAAUUCACUUGCUUAUCUAUAAAUUGUUGCUUUGAUUAAAGUGUCUAUUUAUACAUCUAUUGCCUCUGUGGUUCAAUAUUAGUGAUUGGUGAAUAGUGAAACUAAGCUGAUGGCCCUAAUUUUAGGAUAUCGUGAGUACCGUCAAGAUUUAUUGUUCGUCCAGGUCUUACUAUUUGGCACGCAAUGGACAACCUUUUGACGAAAAUCAGAGACUUGCAGAAUGUGAAUCAACAGUAUAUGAACUACAUGACAGAUCACUUGUCAAACUUACAUGAUGAAGUGUCAAGAAUGAUAAAGACAGCGAGUCCACCUGUUGCAAAUAGGAUAGCCAAUACUAGAACGAGAAGUGUCAAUCUACGGCGACCUCAAUUGCAUCAAGAAACAACCAUCAACAACAACAAUCAUAUUGCCCGGUCAUCAUCUGCCAAUCGUAACAUGGUGACCAGAAGAAGACGCAGUGCUGGUGCUGCUGCUGGUGGACCCACGCAAACAUCGAGAAAAUGGGAUGAUUUUACCACACAGCCAAUAGGAACAAAAUCAUCAGAUAGAAUUCCAGGCAUAGGACCAAGAGCUUAUCAAUCUCUAAAUCAGAUGAACUAUGGAAGUGCGAGAAGACUGCUUGGGAAAUUUUUAGAAUGCGAACGCCAGGAAUUCUUGUCUUUCCUUGAAGAAAGGGUUGGAGUGUUACCCCACAACGCACAGAAGGCUUGGCAGUGCUUACAUGACUACAAUGCAAAUUUUCUUUAAUUAAGUGUUUAUAUUGAUUGCAAUUAUUGUAAUCCCUCCCAACCCUGUGUUCCCCCAAUACAAUGAACGAUUUUUAUGAUAUUCGAGGAAUAUUUUAUGUAUGAGAUAGUAUAUAGAAGAUAAGUUAGAUAUUAUAAUGACGUAAAAAUAGGUUUUUAUACACCAUUAGGUAUUAAAGAAUUCCAUAUGUUUACUCUACACAACGUUUGAGUGAUAGGUAAAACUAAGGAGAGUUAUUAUGGGACAUGUCGAUCAUCAGCCAUACCAUACAUACAA